AAAGGAAAAAACGGAAAACCGCUGAUACAGAAAUACUCCACUGUUACCUCUCCCUCCCUCUCCUGCGAAUCGAUGGAUUCCUCCCCUCGGCGAGGUCGAAGACCUCCAACACCGACACCUCCGGCGAAAUCUUCCGACAACAUCUUCUCCACCUUCAUUGUUCACAACGACAACGUCGCCGGCGAACAACUUUCUGGCGACGAUUUAGACGACGAAUCUCUCCCUCCUCUCCUCAAACGCCUUCCCAAGGAUUUCGGAGGCGCAGGUUCCUUCGAUUUCGAUGCCGAAACUUCCGACGACAUUUCCGGCACCUUCAUUGUUAAGCCUGAUCAACAUCGUCAACGCACUCUCAACAACAACAAGAAUCAGCGUCCUUCAACAUCGUCUUCAUCUUCCGGAGCUCCUCAUUCUGUAAGAAAAUCUCGUAAUUCAGCGUUUUCUUCUCCUGAUAAACCUAAUUCAAGUUAUAGGAAGGCUGAAUCAAACGAUGAUGAUGAUUAUGAAGAAGAAGAAGGUGAUUUUGGUACUUUUGUGGUGAAGAAGGGGAAAAGUGAUGAUUAUGAUGAUGAUGAGGAGGAGGAAGAGGAUGAGGAGGAGUAUGAGGAUGAGGAGGAAGGAGAAGAGUUUGGGACUUUUGUGGUGCGAAAGACGGCGAGAAAGAAGAGAGAGAAAGAGAGUGAGGAUGUUUCUGGAACUUUUGUAAGGAAGACUACUGGUGGUGGUGGUGGUGGUUCGACAAUGAGUAGGGCGGUUGCGAGUAUGCAGGCGGUAGGGGAGUUCGGGUUUGGAGGAAAGAAUCGGAGGAGUGGUGGUGCUGGUUCAGGGCACUCGGAGGAUGUUGGUGGACAAAUGAGGCAGUUGCAGAGUAAAAUGUCUUCGAGUUCGAUUCCGGAUUGUAUUGCUAGGGAAGAUCCUAGUACAAAGUAUGAGUUACUUCAUGAGUUAGGGAAAGGGUCGUAUGGGGCUGUUUAUAAAGCUCGAGAUUUAACAACUUCAGAGCUAGUUGCGAUUAAAGUCAUAUCACUAAGUGAAGGGGAGGAGGGUUAUGAGGAGAUACGUGGUGAGAUUGAAAUGUUACAACAGUGUAGUCAUCCUAAUGUUGUUCGUUACCUCGGAAGCUACCAAGGAGAAGAGUACCUCUGGAUAGUGAUGGAGUACUGUGGGGGUGGAAGUGUUGCUGACUUGAUGAAUGUUACCGAGGACCCUUUAGAUGAACAUCAAAUUGCCUACAUUUCGAGGGAGUCACUGAAGGGUUUAGCUUAUUUGCACUCUAUCUUCAAGGUUCACAGAGAUAUUAAGGGGGGGAAUAUUUUAUUGACAGAACAAGGAGAGGUGAAGUUGGGUGAUUUUGGUGUUGCAGCACAGCUGACGAGAACCAUGUCUAAGCGCAAUACGUUCAUUGGUACUCCACAUUGGAUGGCUCCCGAAGUUAUUCAAGAAAGUCGGUAUGAUGGAAAGGUGGAUGUGUGGGCUCUUGGAGUGUCUGCUAUAGAGAUGGCAGAGGGACUUCCUCCCAGAUCAGCAGUGCAUCCAAUGCGGGUCCUGUUCAUGAUAUCUAUUGAACCAGCUCCAAUGCUCGAGGACAAAGAAAAAUGGUCUCUUAUAUUUCAUGAUUUUGUGGCCAAGUGUUUAACCAAGGAUCCACGUUUGCGACCUACUGCACCUGAAAUGCUGAAGCAUAAAUUUAUUGAGAGAUGCAAAGUUGGAGCAUCUACAAUGUUACAAAAGAUUGAGAAGGCUAGACGAGCUAGGGAAUCUAUGGCACUUCAAGCUCAGAGUCUUUCUGAUGCAACCUUGUUGGCAGGACAGCAGAUAGAUGUGCCAAAAGUGAAUCAGGAUUUUGGUGAUACAGUUCCGUCAAAGCCUGUCAACGUUGGGCUGACCAGUAAAAAUGAGAUAUCCAGGGUUGCAGGUUCAGUAAAGCAGCAGGCUGUCCAGCUUGCGGAACUGGCAGAAGGUGAUUUUGGGACUUUUGUAGUCCAUGGUGGGGAAGAAGAGAAGACACAUUCCUCAUUUUACCAAAAUUCUGAAGUUUCUUCUUUAAGUGUUAAACCAGAUAUAUUAACUGAUUCAAGGGAGGAUAAAGCAUUUACCAGCAUUGCAGCGGAUAUACAUGAGAAAGAUUUGCUUGCUGCUAGCGGAUUCAAUCGAGAAUCCAUUGCAUCAACCAUGCCUGUACAAAACCUUACAGCAAAUAAAACAUUCCAGACAAAGGUUGGAGGCAUUGGUAGUUCAGGAAACCAAUCUUUGAGAAAUAAAACUGUCGGCCGUAAAACCUUUUCAGCACAAGACAAGCUCUGGUCAAUAUAUGCAGCUGGAAAUACAGUGCCUAUUCCUUUUCUGAGGGCAACUGAUAUAUCACCUAUUGCGCUCCUGUCUGAUAAUGUAUUUGGAGGCAAACAAAAACAAAAUAGUGGGAUGAUUGCUGCAGAAGCUUUGCAAGAACUAUUUGCUGGCGAUGCUCAGUCAAAAAAGAGGAGGGGACAAAAUGAGCCGAUGGCCCUUCCGCCAAGUGUUUAUCAGAGACUUACCUCUAGUCCCACACUUAUGAAUCUGGCUCAAGCUUUAGCUUAUCACAAAAUGUGUUACGAAGAGAUGCCACUUCAAGAUUUGCAAGUAGCACAGGAACAACAGACUAUUCAAAAUCUCUGUGAUACUCUGAGAACUAUUCUACGCUUGUAGUUCACAACAAUCCCCCCCCCCCCACCUCUAUGUACUUUCUUCUAUGUAUCAUUUUGAUUCUACGGGCCGGCCUUUAAUUUGAGAAAUCGAAAAUAGUAAAGCCUGCUAGUCUUGUAGGUUCAGUUCUUCAACUUCUAAUCUAAUAAACUGGUUCUAUCUGAA